AUGUCCUACUACUACGGCGAGGGCGAUCCGAUGGCCAUGUAUCAGGCGGGCAUGAUGAAUCGAGGGGCUACUGGCGGACGAGCGCGCCGCUUUGACGAGUACUAUCGAGUUUACCCCAUUGUGAUGAUGGCCGGUCCUAACCGUGACUCCCUCAAUCAUGGCGGUAAAAUGUUCCUGCCGGCCUCGGCCCUCCAAAAGCUCACGCAGCUGCACAUCACCUACCCCAUGCUCUUCGAGCUGAUCAACGGCUCACAACAAAUCAGCACCCACGCUGGUGUACUCGAAUUCACAGCAGAGGAAGGCCGCGCAUAUCUCCCAUUCUGGUUGAUGCAAAGACUCCACCUCGAACCUGGCGACCUCCUGCAAGCCAAAUCCACCGAUCUCCCACUCGGCUCUUUCAUCAAGCUCCAACCUCAGAACGAAAACUUCCUCGAAAUCAGCGACCCGAAGGCUGUCCUGGAGACUGCGUUCCGCAACUUCUCGUGUCUUUCAGUCGGAGAUGUCUUCACAUUCUCCUACAACGAUACCGUGUACGAGAUCGCCGUGCUGGAGGUCAAGCCCGACGCGGGGAAGAAGUCGAUCAGUGUGCUGGAGACGGAUUUGGAGGUAGACUUCGCGCCACCAGUGGGAUAUCAGGAGCCACAGAAGACGAGUGGAACUAGCACGCCUCGCAGUAUCUCCUCGGCAAUGGCAAGCAAGGGUGGCGUAAUGCACGCAAAUGCGACAAUGGCGGCGGCAAUCAACUACUCUUCAAUCGCUCCUUCGUCGACAGCGAGUGUGUCGAGCAACUUCUCCGGCGGCGGCAACAGGCUCGUGGCGAAGAAGGGCAAGGCGAACGCCGCAGCAGCUUCAGGCGCAUCCACACCUGUCGGCACUGUCUCAAUACCGGGCAUGGGCAGCUCCACCAAGAAGCGUGCAGGUCCACAGCCGUUGRGGUUGCCUCCUGGUAAGCUCUUCUUCGGGUAUGAAGUCAAGCCACUGAAGAAGAAGAAGGAUGGAGAUACCGAUGGGCCGAGUGACAAGAAGCAAUACUUCAGCGGAGAAGGCAACACUCUCCGAAAGAAGAAGUGA